AUGGGCGUGAAUGAGUCUAGAACAAGCGUCAAGAAGUAUCAUAUGCAUAAAAUCGACGAAAACAUCUUUAUCGGAGACCAAUACAGUGUACAAAACGAAAGCGAGCUAAAGUCGCAUGGAAUUAAACACAUUUUGCAACUUUUUGAUGUGCCCGCUAAUGAAAAGAUGUAUAACUUAUGCAUAAGGCCUUUGCCCAGAGGAAAGACAUUUAGUGUUAUACCUUAUCUCCAAGACUGCCUUAGAUUCAUAAAUGAAGCAGAAUCGAAAGGAGAAAAGGUAUUGGUUCACUGCAAGUGGGGAAAAAACCGAAGUGCUAUAGUUCUAAUAGCUUAUUACAUGGCCAAGAAAGGCUGAACCUAUGAGCAUGCAGUAGAAUUUAUCAAGAAAAAGAGAGCCAUAGACCCCAGUCUUAGGUUGAAAAAUCAACUUAUUUCAGCUGGAAAAGAACUCAGCAGUUAUCUAACUUUAUGUGAAGAAAUCACCAACGUAGCAUAG